UCUUCGGCUAUUAAAAGAUGACAAGUGGUCACAUAAAACUAUAAGGUUAGUUGAAGUAAUAUCAUCUGGAUUUAAGAAACAUCUCAAAAUGAAAAGCAUUAGCAAGACAAGUUGCAAUGCAUCUGAAAAUAUAAAACUCUUAAGAUGGGUAAUAGGAUUAAGUAAACAACUCCAAACAGAUA